UCAGAAUCACAGGUGCUUGCUGUGGUCUGAGGAAUAACAGCACAACAGCAUAACAGCAUCACACAAGUGCAGGUUAGCAGUUUGUGAAAGCGUGAGGAGAAGGAGGAGGAGGAGAAGAAGGUGGGUGGUGCAGCUGUAGGUGAGGCAGCAGGUGAGGAGGCGCUUUAAUUGUGGUGAGUUGAAGUGAUAUAAAGAGAAGAAAGAAGAUAGAGAAGAGGAGAGGAAAGUUGUGUCACGGUGUGACGCGAGAAUCAGCGCUGAUUCUGGAGGGCGCUUCUGUCUUAAGUCUCGGAUCCACGUCACUUUGCGGCGUCUGACGUCGCGUCUCUAAAUUUAAAGCGAGGGGAUGUUUAGUGGAGUAGCUGUCCAUGGUGCUGAAGCGCUUCCCACGCUGCGGCGGAGCGAGCGGAGCGAGAGGGCAGGGGAGGAGGAGGAGGAUGCGCCUGGCGGAGUCCGGAGACGAGGUCACUUGUGCGCCGCUUGACCCGUGACAGCAUGCUGGCCAACGGCUCGUACCGGAGCCUGGAGGACGGCGCGUUCCUCAACGCGUCCGCCGGCAACGAAACGCAGACGCACGGCGAGUCUCACGGCAGCGCGAUCCUCAUCUCUUUCGUGUACUCGGUGGUGUGCCUGGUCGGGCUCUGCGGCAACUCCAUGGUGAUUUACGUGAUCUUCAGGUACGCCAAGAUGAAGACCGCCACCAACAUCUACAUCCUGAACUUGGCGAUCGCGGACGAGCUGCUGAUGCUCAGCGUGCCGUUCCUGGUCACCUCCUCGCUGCUGCACCACUGGCCGUUCGGCUCGUUCCUCUGCCGCCUGGUUUUGAGCGUCGAUGCCAUCAACAUGUUCACCAGCAUCUACUGCCUGACCGUGCUGAGCAUAGACCGCUACAUUGCGGUGGUGCACCCCAUCAAAGCGGCCCGCUACCGGAGACCCACCAUCGCCAAGAUGGUCAACUUCGCCGUGUGGAUGUUCUCCAUCCUGGUCAUCCUGCCCAUCAUCAUCUUCUCCACCUCCACCCCCAACUCGGACGGCUCGGUGGCGUGCAACAUGCAGAUGCCCGAGCCGCAGCGGCGUUGGAUGGCCGUGUUCGUGGUGUACGCGUUCCUCAUGGGCUUUCUGUUUCCGGUCAUCGCCAUCUGCAUGUGCUACAUCCUCAUCAUAGCCAAGCUGCGCGUGGUGGCGCUGAAAGCGGGCUGGCAGCAGCGUAAAAAGUCCGAGCGCAAGAUCACGCUCAUGGUCAUGAUGGUGGUGACCGUCUUCGUCAUCUGCUGGAUGCCUUUCCACAUCGUGCAGCUCGUCAACGUGUUCGUGGAGGAGCACAACGCCACGCUCAGCCAGCUGGCCGUGGUUCUGGGGUACGCCAACAGCUGCGCCAACCCCAUCCUGUACGGAUUCCUGUCCGACAACUUCAAGCGCUCCUUUCAGAGGAUCCUCUGCCUGCGCUGGAUGGACAACGCGGCCGAGGAGCCCAUCGACUAUUACGCGACCGCGCUUAAAAGCCGGGGAUACAGCGUGGACGAGUUUCAGCCGGACAAUCUGGAGUCGGACAGCGCGUACAGGAACGGGACCUGCACCUCCAGAACUACUACCCUGUAGCGCGCAGCACUGUGGAGCCCUGCUUCUUUUUUCAGACUGUGGACUUGAACAAAGGACGAUUUAUCGAAUUAUUGGCGUAUUUAAUUUAUUUUAGUAUUGGUGUACGAGUGUGUGUGUGUGUGCGUGUGUGUGUGUGUGUGCGUGUGUGUGUGUGUGUGCGUGUGUGUGUGUGUGUGUAUGUGUGUGUGUGUGUGUUCGACUUCUGCUGGCGUUGUUAAAAUAGGCAACUUGUCAUGACAGGACAUGAUGACAACAAUUAUGUGACAUUCUUCUUUGGAAAAACAGAAAAAACAGUAUAGCCCACUCUAGAUUUUCUAUUAAAAUGCUCAUGAAUAAACACCUUAUCCGAGAGCCACA